CAGGCACAGAGGCCGCCGUCCUAUCACCGGAAACACAGAGAUAUCGGGUAGCUACCGACUUAGUGCCGUUACGUGCUAAGCCUGGUGCAUACCUCCUUAUCUCUGCCCUGCCUUGGGCAGCAUAGGCAGGCUCAGAUAGUCCCGAAUCGCUGCUUGCUCCAUCGAUGCGUAGCGGACAUGCGUGCUCUGGGUUGUCGCCAGUCCGCUCGGCCCAGCGGUCGAUUGGGACUGGAAGCCCCGGCACGAUACCGUAUGUACCUCGCCCUGGGAUUAGGUUAGGUAAGGAUAAGUUAAGUCGCUCCGACUGCUCGGAACAUCCGGUCAUCGCAGUCAGGCGCUCCUCCUCUCAACUCUUCCUCAGGCUAGCCUAGGUGCGAGACCACCGACCAAAUCCCCCCCUUCAUUCGGCCUCCUCCCCAUCGCUCCUCUCUCACCUCCGCUAUCCUCACUGAAUCGGCUCGACUCUUCUAUAAAACCAGUGUCCCUCCCGCGAUCCCUACAUAAAUCCUGCCACUAUUGCUGUUGCUAUUAUCUUUGCCCUUGUCAUCGACAGAACAAGUGACAUUUGUCUAGCCUUACCAUAAUAUUUCAUCCCUCCACCCAUUCACAUAUAAUACCAUCGGUCUCCCCCCUCCCCCUUCUGUGCAUCCUCACUGACCUCCCGCCUCCCGCCUCCCCCUCUUACCGACCCCCCGUCGGUUGUGAAAAUGGCAACUCCAGGUUCGGGCACAGGCGGUGAAGCAGGCAUAGCGGACGUUCUUCAGGCCCUUAAGGCCAUUCAAGAGAGCCAGAGUAGACUAGAAACCGAGUUUGAAUCCGUUUCUCGACGUCUUGAUGCGAUUGCUCCCACCGUCCCUGGAGCGAGCAGUGGCCUAGAAAAGAAGACUCCUCCUCAACUUGCUACUAGAAUUCCAACCACCCCGACCCAGAUCUCCCUAGGUGCAGGCGAGUCUGAUGCUGGCAGCACCACCCCCACCAGCAAAGAAGCGGUCCAGGCACAGACAUCGGGGUUCACGUCUCGGAUUAUCCUUACUACGUAUCCCAAACAGACUGGUAUCGAUCCACUGCCUCUUCGAUGGGGGGCUCCGGACGCGACCGGCCGUGGGCCGGUGGUCGUAUCCCGCUCGUCGUCCACCAUCCGAAGACGCAAUGCACACGGCGGUUCCUAUUCCAUUUAUUUCGCUCUGGCUCUCGCCAGCAAGCAGCUUAAUGCUAAUCACAGACCGGAUUUCACGAACACGGAACCGGCUGUCAAUAUCGGCCCUUUCCCUCAAUGGGGUGACAAGAAGAAAAUCGUCGCCAUGGAUCCCUGGGGUCAUCUAGCUCCGUGGCUGUUCUCUGACGUUAUGGAGAAAGAGAACAGUAAGCGUCGACCCGCUGGAUGCCUUCCGGAGCUCGAGGAGAGCGUUCGAAGUGGCAGACUUGUCCCCGAUGGGAAGGUCUGCCUGAACGAGAUGGGAGAGCUGGCGGUGACCAAAUUCGCAGUUGAGCCGGUUUGGUAUCUCCCCGGGGUAGCCGAGAGAUUUGGCAUAGACGAGGGGGUCCUAAGACGGUCGUUGUUCGAGCAUACCGGCGGCAGUUAUCCAGAGCUUAUCACACGCGGUGACAUCAAAGUCUUCCUACCUCCAAUCGGUGGGCUAACCGUCUAUUGCUUCGGGGACCCGGCAAAGAUGUCGGACGAAAAAUGUAGAUUGGCCCUGCGUGUCCACGAUGAGUGCAACGGCAGUGAUGUGUUUGGCUCCGAUAUAUGUACUUGCAGGCCCUAUCUCAUCUUCGGCAUCGAGGAGGCCGUCAAAGAAGCGCAGAACGGCGGGAGUGGUGUCGUCAUCUACUUCAGAAAGGAGGGGCGGGCUCUAGGCGAAGUCACGAAGCGUGGCGAGGAUCGCGCUUCAGACUACUUCAAGCGAACGGAAAACAUUGCGGGAGUGAAGGACAUGCGCUUCCAGGCUCUAAUGCCCGACAUCCUGCACUGGCUCGGCAUCAAGAAGAUUGACAGGAUGCUGAGUAUGAGCAAUAUGAAGUACGAUGCCAUCGUUGGCCAGGGCAUCCCUAUCCACGAGAGGGUGGAACUCCCCGAAGACUUAAUCCCUGCAGACUCGCGGGUUGAGAUUGAUGCCAAGAUUACUGCCGGUUACUUCACUACGGGCCACAGGAUGACCGCGGACGAAUUGAGUGCGGUGCAGGGCCGGAUUUGGGAAGACAUCGACCAUUAGGGAGUGCCGACUAGGAUGGAGACGGCGGCACGUCGGUUCUCGGCAUAAGGAAUCAACCCCGGACUACGCGGACUAGAUACAUUUUGUACCGUUCGGAAUCUCGAUCUUCCCCCACCCCCAUCCUUACUAUUGCCACACGUAGGACUGAUACGUAGGGACAUAGUCUAUGUAUGGGUGGAUGGGUGUGUGUAUGUGUGUAUGUAUGUAGGAAUGUAUGCAUGCAUGCAUCGUGAGAGACGCACCUAGGGCUGUCCGUAGUGUCUUACGUCUUGUGACCUCGCCGCCAUCCGUGAUAUCUUAUAGG